UUCCUUUAUAUCCUAUUCAUGGUAUGGUAGGUCGCUAAGAUUGUUGCUUUUAAUUCUUAACCUAUAUUCAUCAAGCAAUUAAUACAUACGUUACAGAAGCAUAUUAUUAAUACAGAUUGAACGAGAUCCAUCCAAAAUCAUGUUUCUAACGAAUAUAUUGUUAAAAAAGGCUAAAUCCAAACGUGUUUUGGUAUCAAUAAAAAGUGUAGCAACUGGUCAUAUGCGUAAUCAAAUACGAGAAAGAACAGCUGACAAAAUAGAAACAGUGUUUUUUGAUCCUUGGGUCCAAGCAAUGUCGGUAUACAAAGAAGUCAGGAAAAUUAAAAGUAUAUAAUUUAGUAUACAAUGCAUUCGUAAAUAAAAUGAUUAAUAUAACAAUUAUAAAAUAAAUAUGUAAAUUUCAUUUAUGAAAUUAA